AUGGCAGGAGUAGCUGGUGUGGGGUUUCUCGUGCAGAUGCCUCACGGAGGCUCGGAUCCAAAUGAAGAUACUGAAUGGAAUGAUGUAUUGAGAGACUUUGGAAUUCUUCCUCCAAAAGAAAAACCAAAAGAUGAAAUUGAAGAAAUGGUUUUACGCUUGCAGAAAGAAGCAGAAGUGAAACCUUAUGAAAGAAUGAAUCUUAAAGAAUUAAAGGAAGCUGAAGAUGACUUUGAUGAGGCUGAUAUGAAAGCUGUUGAAAUGUACAGGCAGCAACGCUUGCAAGAAUGGAAGUGUCUUCAGCGGAGACAGAAGUAUGGGGAGCUAAGAGAAAUAUGUGGAGAGCAGUAUGUAAAGGAAGUCACAAAUGCUCCAGAAGAUGUUUGGGUUAUAAUUCAUCUUUAUCGAUCAAGCGUCCCAAUGUGUUUACUAGUUAACCAACAUCUUGGCCUGCUAGCCAAGAAGUUUCCAGAAGCCAAGUUUGUCAAAGCCAUUGUGAACAGCUGCAUUCAGAAUUACCAUGACAGAUGUUUACCCACAAUAUUUGUAUAUAAAACUGGUCAAAUAAAAGGCAGGUUCAUUGGAAUAGCUGAAUGUGGGGGCAUAAAUCUUAAAGUGGAAGAGCUCGAAUGGAAGCUAGCAGAAGUCGGAGCAAUAAAAUCUGACUUAGAAGAAAACCCCAAAAAGGACAUUAUAGAUAUGAUGACAUUUUCAAUGCAAAAUAUUUCUGCUCACAAAGACACCAAUGCAAAAAGCAGUGAUGUGAUGAAACCAAGCAUUACUUAAGCAGAAAUUUUUAAU